AUGACGUUACAGGCGUGUGGUCAAGGGUCAAACCGGUUGAAGCUGACGGUCCUAUCAGAAGACAGGUUGCAGAUGAAAUGGAAAGAAACUGAAGGAAACACCAAUGGGUACAAAGUCCGAGUGAAACCCAUGGCAGGUGACUCUGAACAGGAAGUCAUGUUAAAAACCAAAACGGCUAAAGCAACAGUGGGGGGUUUGAGUCCCACAAAAGAGUACACCCUGCAAAUCUACAUCCUUAAUGGUUCUCAAGAGGCCCUCUUUGUCAGGAGGAAAUUUGUGAUUGAAGAGUUAAAAAACCUCUCCCAAGCUAGAAGUAACAGAAGGAACCCAACGAGUGCUCCAGAAAAGGCAGAAGCAUCCCUUGGGAGCACAGCGGCUGAAGACAUCCGGAACACUGAAGCCUUGUCAACAGUCAUCAGCGAAACAUCAACUCAGAUAAGAAGGGAUGAUCCAGAUAAGAAACAGCAAAAGCCAACCAUUUCGAAGGGGCCCAGUGAAUCCAUGCCAGACGUUGAGUCCACAUUGAUGCCUGCAACCCCGUUGACCAUGAAAAUGACUCUGCCAAGCCCAGUAGAAUUCGAAAUAGACUAUCUGACCCAAGAGAAAACAACCAGAGAAGGGUUCAGGAGAGUUUCUCACUUCCGGUGUGACACCUCUGCUGUGACUGAUAUUGUCUUGCUUGUGGACGGCUCCUGGAGCAUCGGCCGCAACAAUUUCGGACUCAUCAGAGAAUUCCUGGCUUCUCUGGUUGCACCUUUCAACGUUGCUGGGGACAAGAUAAGAGUGGGUUUGUCCCAGUACAGUAGUGACCCACGCACGGAAUGGGAUUUGAAUACCUACUCCACACGGGAUGAGGUGUUAGAGGCCCUUAGAAGCCUCAGGUACAAGGGAGGCAACACAUUUACAGGGCUAGCCCUGACCCAUGUCUUAGAACAGAAUCUGAAAGCUGAAGCUGGUGCGAGAUCGGAUGCUCCCAAACUGGUCGUCCUCUUGACCGACGGAAAAUCCCAGGACGACGCCAGCCCAUCUGCACAGACCUUGAAGAAUAAGGGAAUAGAGAUAUUUGCUGUUGGGGUGAAAAAUGCAGAUGAGGCAGAGUUGCGCCACGUGGCCUCAGAACCGUUGGAGAUGACUGUUUACAACGUGCUGGAUUUCCCUCUGCUCAGUUCUCUGGUCGGCCGGCUUACCCGGGUCUUAUGUGCCUGGAUCAAGGAGAAGAACAAAGACAAGAACAGAGGUGAUCCAGUAAAAGCCAUCCCGGUGAAUACCGGUGCCCAUCUGAGCCCAACCAACCUUGUCUUAAAGGAGGUGACGUCCAGAAGUAUGCGCCUUAUCUGGAACCCUCCUGUGGUAACACCCAAAAAAUACAGGGUGGUCUAUUACCCUUCUAGGGGUGGGAUUCCUAAAGAGGUGGUUUUAGAUGGGACGGCCUCCACUGCACAGCUCCUCAACUUGACAUCCCACACGGAGUAUCUGGUUUCAGUGUUCCCUAUUUAUGAGAACGCGGUUGGAGAUGGGCUCAGAGGCAUCACCUCAACGUUGCCUCUCUCUGCACCUGGUUCCCUCAGAGUUUCUGAAAUCAGCCACAACAGUCUAAAAUUGACCUGGGAGCCAGCAGAUGGCGCUACUCAGUAUCUCGUACUUUGUUCCUCAGCACCCAAUGGAGCAGAAGAUGAUACUAAAGAGGUGAAAGUAGAACAGCCUGAGGCUCUGCUUGGGGGUUUAUCCCCCAGCACUGAAUACUCAUUAGCAGUGUAUGCAAUGUACGGCGAAGACGCUAGUGAUCCAGCAAGUGUUCAGGAAACCACUUUGGCCUUGAGCCCUCCAAAACAUCUGCAUUUCUCCAACAUCAGCCAUGCCUCUGUAAGGGUCAAUUGGGAGGCGGCUUUACGUGCAGUGAAAACACACCGUGUGACAUAUAUCUCCAGCAGGGGGAGCAACAUUGGAGAGGUGGAAGUUUCUGGCGAUGCCUCCUUUGCUGUCCUGAAGCCCCUUUCGUCACUGACGCAGUAUUUUGUGAGCGUGAUUUCCGUUUACGACGAAGGGGACUCUUUUCCGGUAACAGGCAAUGUUACGACGUUAAAGGUGCCGCCGCCAAGCCACCUGAAGGUCAUGGAGCUCUCUGGGAGCGAGGUCCGGCUGGAGUGGGAAGCGCUGGCCGCCUCCGACGUGGUCGUCUACCAGAUCAAAUGGAACGUGGUGGGCGAAGAGAGGGCGCAGGAGCUCUCGGUUGCUGGAAACUUGGCAUCUUCUAUUUUGUCUGGACUGCAAAAGAACACCGAGUACCAGAUCUCAAUUUGGGCAUAUUACAAAGAUGGGGCUCGGAGUGACAUUGUCUCCAUUCGCCACAGGAUCACUGCCAAGAACCCACCGACGAACCUCUUUGUCGACUCGGAGACCCCCAGCAGCCUACAAGUCCGCUGGAAUCCACCCGAAGGAGCUGUCCAGCACUACAGACUCACCUAUGCUCCCGAAAGUGGUAACAAGCACCAGGAAAUGAUAACUGUUUCUGGUAGGAGCAGAUCUGUCACCCUUCACUCGCUCCUUCCAAACAGAUUAUACAUGGUGACAGUUUCUGCGAUCUACACUACAGGAGAGAGUGACCCGGUUUCUGCUUUCGGCAAUACAGCUUCUCUCUUGGCCAGACUACCCACGAUGAGAGAAUCUACGCCCUUCAAAGCUGAGGACUGUCCUGCUCUUGACUCCACGGAAGGCUCCCUGCAAGGUUUUGACAUGAUGGAGGCCUUUGGACUGACAGAAAAGGAGUAUGCCUCUAUCAAAGGGGUUGCUAUGGAGCCCUACAUCUUCCUGGGGACUCACACGUAUACCCUCUUCAGAGAUAUCCAGCUAACUCGGAAAACGAGUGAAGUCUUUGUCUCUGGAAUUCCAGCUGAAUACACCAUCACCUUUCUUCUCCGACUGCUGCCAGAAAGCCCCAGGGAAACCUUUGCUGUGUGGCAGAUAACCGAUGAGGACUUCCAGCCUCUUCUUGGCAUCAUACUUGAUCCCAAUAAGAAAUCCUUGAUAUAUUUCCAUCGUGACCAUGAAACGGAUGUAGAUGAAGUCACCUUUGACCAACAGGAAGUGAAGAAGAUAUUCUAUGGGAGCUUUCACAAGGUGCACAUAUCCGUGAGCCGUUCCAGGGUCAAUCUCUACAUUGACUGCAAGAAAACAUCAGAGAAGCCACUUGGAACUUCAGAGACCGUCUCAACGGCUGGCUUUGUCAUGCUGGGGAAGCUGACAAGAACACGAGGGCCCCGGAGUGGGUCAGCGGCGUUCCAGCUGCAGUUGUUGCAGAUUGUGUGCAGCAGUUUGUGGGCUGAAGAGGACAGAUGUUGCGAUGUCCCAGCACUGAGAGAUGAAGAGGCCUGUCCCAGCCUGCUUCCAUCUUGCAGCUGCACUUCAGGGAUUCCAGGCCUUCCAGGGUCUCCGGGCCCUCCGGGCAGUCCUGGAAGGAGAGGACCACAGGGAGAACAGGGUGAGCCAGGCCCCAAGGGUGAGCCAGGUCCACCUGGGCAAGUUGGACCCGAAGGUCCAGGAGGACAGCAAGGGACACCAGGCUCCCAGGGGUUGGCUGUGCAGGGCCCUGUUGGACCCCCAGGUGUUAAAGGAGAAAAAGGAGACAAUGGCAGCCCAGGCAUACAGGGCAUGAUGGGUCCCCAGGGAGCUCCAGGGAAAGAUGGAAUUCAAGGAUCAAAGGGUGUCCGAGGACUUGAAGGUACAGCUGGGCCCCCGGGGCCCCCAGGACCAAGGGGUUUCCAAGGCAUAGCAGGUGCCCGAGGCGGCAGUGGGGAGAGGGGUCCCCCAGGAGAAGUUGGACCAACUGGGCUGCCCGGUCCAAAAGGCGAAAGGGGCGAGAAAGGUGAAGCACAGUCCUUAUCCACAAUCUAUCAUCUUGUUAAUCAGGCUUGCGAGCGCCUGAUUCAGUCUCAUGUGCUAAAGUUUGACUCCUUCAUCCAUGAACAUUCGCAGAAGCCCGUUCCAAUUUGGGAGGACAAGCUGAAGGCUGGAGAGCCUGGGCCCCCUGGUCUCCCUGGGGCCCCUGGUAUGAAAGGAGAAAGAGGAGAAGUUGGGAUUCCUGGUCAGCCAGGCAGAGAUGGAUAUCCAGGAGAAAGAGGUGCCCCUGGACCCAAGGGAGAAAAAGGUUCUACUGGACCAAAUGAUGAAGGCUCUCAAGGACCUAGAGGUCGAGCAGGGCCAAUGGGGGAAGAGGUGCUUGGCAAACAAGGCUCAGAUGGAUCCCCUGGAAGCACUGGGCCCCCUGGGUUUCCUGGAGCAAGAGGUCAGCCCGGAGAACCUGGACCUACCGGCGGCUGUAUCCCUUCAGGAUGCUACGAAGAAAGCACCAGAGAUGCUGGGCUGAUACCCUGAUGGCUGAGGUACCGGCUGCAGCAGACCCACAUCCAAGACCCCUGCUAUAAACUGCGACUUACAUAAAGGACAGCUACUGCAAAGUGGAGUUCCAUAUUUUCAGA